CUGUGCCGCGUGUGGUGCCUCCCUCCUGUUGCGUGUGGUGGACUUCACUCUCUCGCUCGCUCGCUCCUGUGCUCAUGGUCUGGGGCGUUCGGGCGCAGCGGUUGCGGUAAAUACAAGUACAGGCCGUAGGGAAGUGUGCUCCUAAUUUGCGAAUUUGUGUGAAGCAAGAAGACGAGAGAAACAAAACAGAUAAUACGAACGGAUAUGUAACAAACGAAAGGAAACACGGAAUAAGAAAGGAAAGAAACAAAAGAAAACAAGGACUAAGAAACAAAACAAAAACAAAAUUAUUAUGGCUACCGUUACCCAACAGCUUUAACCCAGAACCACCCUUCAAAUAGAACAUAUAUAUAUAUAUAAAACGAAAAAACAAAACCAGGCGCUCUCCCCAAACUCAUGUCGAGACUCAGCCACUCCCCGCUCUCGUCCCCAAGACUCGGGGAGAGAGAAACCGCCCGAAAUGAAGCGAGGAGAGAGAAAAAGAAAAGUCCCUCGAGUGUGCGAGCCGCCUGGACUAUGGCCGCUGCCGCCGUGCUCAAGGCCGAGGCGGAGAAGGGGGACAAGGCACGGGUCGCCCUCGAGUGCUGGGCCUCCCCGCGCACGCAGAAGAGGAUCAUGCUGGACCAAGCAAGUGCCAUGGAGGACGUAGCGCACCGCCGUUGCAACAAGUGCCGGGAGGCGUGUCCGGGCUUCGAGGCACAUUUCUGGAGGUGAGUCACGGGUCAUCAGUCAUACAGGAUAAAAUAACAAGCAAAUCUGGUGAGU